AUGUGCGACUUCUCGAGUUACGGAGGCAGUUGUGAAGAAUGGAUUGCCUUACAGCAGACCGUUCCACCGAUAACCGAGCCUGAAAUGCCUACAGCGGACAUGGUAAGGCUGGCCAACGAAGAACGAGAAGUCAUUGUGAGACAGUCCAUGAUAAAGCUGGCACCUCAAGUUCAGAUAAACAACUACUCAGUUACUUCUAGAGAUGGUAGCAGUAUCCAGGUGCGAAGCUAUAGACCAGCCAAAGCUACCGAAGAAGAACUACUCCCUUUGUACGUCCAUCUACAAGGCGGCGGCUUCAUGUAUGGUACACUCGACGCCGAGGAUGCGAUAUGUGCCCGGAUAGCCAUUGGGUCCAAAGUCACAGUCCUCAACGUCGACUACAGACAUACUCCACAGUAUACAUAUCCUACACAAUGGAAUGAUGCCGAGGAUGUUUUCGAGUGGGCGCACGACAACAUGGACAACCUCAAGUGCAAUCCUCGAAAAGUCAUCCUUGGUGGAGUGUCAGCAGGUGCCUGGGUUGCUGCAUCUCUCACUCUUCAAAGACAUCUCAACCGGACAUCGGAUCCUUUACCACCUAUUGCUGGUCAAGUUCUCAUGAUACCAUGUUUGGCACACGUCGACUGCUACGAACCACAACUAAAAAAGAUGAAAGACCCAUCGAUAUCAUCAUACAAGCAGAAUGAGUUGGCACCAAUGUUUUCACUCGCAGAAUUUCGUUGGUACACCAGUCUUCUCAAGAUAGAGAGUCCACGUGUUGAUGAUCUCAAGAUCAAUCCCGGCAAUGCCACACCUGAACAGGUCAAAGGCAUGCCGCCUAGCGUGAUCGGGAUAGUUGGCUUGGACCCUCUGAGGGAUGAAGGGUUGUUGGUUCCGACUGACGUGAAUCUGUUUAUUGGACUGCCGCAUGGAUUCCGAUCUUAUGAAGAGAAACUUUCCGCAUCAGAGCGCUGGGAUAAGGUUAUUGAAGGUGGGAUUUGCUGGGCUUUGUCUGGACCCUUACCAAGUGAUGAGUUCCAUGUCAAGACAUAA